GUUAGCAUGUUAUUGGAUGAUUGUGCGGCCUGUAUGGGCAGAUUAACCCCAGAUAAAGUGUUUAUAGUUGACUGUUCCUUUCCUUAUUUGACUCUUGGAUGUUUGUAAAAUGUCCGGGUUUCAUGGUCUUUCAGAUGUCCAGCAGCUGAUGGUGAUAAAGGAAGAGGUUCUCCCUGAGCAGCAAGAGAGGAGCUCCAGUAUUAAACAGGAGGAGUCUCCUGAACCAGCAGACAUUAAAGAGGAACAGGAGGAACUGUGGAUCAGUCAGGAGAGAGAGCAGCUUCAUGGAGCAGAGGAGGCUGGUAUCAGAUUGUUCACAUACACUUCUGUCUCUGUGAAGAGUGAAGAAGAGGAUGGAGAGGAACCUCAGUCCUCACAGCUUGGUGAAAUCCAAAGUGGAGAGACCAAAAAUGCAGAGCAGUUUAAAACAGAAGAAGAUGGAGACUUUACUCUUGACAGCCAUUUACAGCCAGUUACCCCUGACAAGAUUUCAGACUGUUCUGGGUCAGACACUGAUGACAGUGCUGACUGGGAGGACAGUGAUGAAUCUCAGGAAUUUUUAAAACAUCUGCAAAACAAAGACGUAGCUGUAAGUGAUAUGAAAUCUAACACUGGAAAUACAUUAGUUGGCUCCUCUGAAUGUGCUCCAAGCUAUGGGCAGAAGCGACUCUGGAGAGCAGAGCUAGAAACACACAAUAAAGUCCACAAAGUAGGGAAACAAUUCAUUUGUAAAGUUUGUGGUAAAAAAUACUCACAGAGAGGAGCUCUUAAUAGACACGCUAUUGUCCACACAGGGGAGAAACCAUUUAGUUGUUCAGUCUGUCACAAAAGAUUCCCUCAUAAAGUAAAUCUGAAGACACACUUAACCGUCCACUCAGGGGAAAAACCUUUUAGUUGUUCAGUUUGUCACAAAAGAUUUUCUCUUAAAGCAAAUCUGAAGACACACUUAAAUGUCCACACAGGAGAGAAACCGUUUAGCUGUUCAGUCUGUUAUAAAAAAUUUUCCCAAAAGGGACAUCUGAAGGGACACUUGACUGUCCACACAGGGGAGAAACCAUUCAGCUGUUCAGUUUGUCAUAAAACAUUUUCUCAUCACGGAAAUAUGAAGAAACACUUGAUUGUCCACUCAGGCGAGAAACAGUUUAGUUGUUCAGUUUGUCAGAAAAGAUUUUCACACCAAAGGUAUCUGAAGAAACACUUGACUAUCCACACAGGGGAGAAACCAUUUAGUUGUUCAGUUUGUCAGAAAAGUUUUUCUCACCAAAGAUAUCUGAAGAAGCACUUGAGUGUCCACACAGGUGAGAAACCAUUUAGUUGCAGUGUUUGUGAUAAAAUAUUCACACAGUCAGAGAAUUUUAAAAAUCACAGGUGUGUUGGUGAGUGCAGUGGCAAUUCCUAAUAAGCUGUGCUUCAUCUCGUCUGUCCAGCUCAGAGUAGGCCAUUUGAUCACUAAAACUCUGUUUGAAUUCUUUGAUCUAGCAUUGUUGUUUCCACCUUAUUCCUUACGAAUGUAACAUUGAUCUGUUUUGCUUACUGUUAAAUAAUGAUUGGUCUUUGUAAAUAAUAUAAAGAGUGAUGUAUACAGAUAGAUUUUAAUGGAUUCAGUCGGUCCAGAAGUUUUUGCACCUGGGUUCUUUGCACAAUACCCCACCUCCCCAAAGGAAAUAAUUGAUUAUGUGCUUGAGCCAUUAACCUAUAUUUAUAACAAAUCACCUCCAAUUGAUAUUUUUCAGAUAAAAUGAAAACAGAAAAAGUGAUUCAAAUCAAUAAAAAUGGUGAUGAGCAAAUUGUAUCAAAUUACAAACUCAUUUCUUUGCUGCCUCUGUUUUCUAAAAUUACUGGGAAAUCAUUUGUAAAGAGAUUUGAUACCUUUGAUGAGAAAUAUGACUUACUGAAUGAUCAUCUGUGCAGAGCAGAGCAGGCAUCAGACCUACUGACUGGAAGAGGGGCAUCAUUGUUCCUAUCUGGAACAGAAAGGGUGAGGAGUGAGAGUGUAACGACUACAGGGGUAUUACACUUUUCUCAGUCCUGGGAACAGGU